CCCAUAGUUGAGGACUCAUUUUCCUCAUAAUCCAAAAUCCCUAUUCUCAAACAUUCUUCCUUAAACUUGGAAUCAAUUUUUGAAGCUAACAAUUUUAAACUGGGUUCCAUCGAUUUUUGCGCAGAUAGGUUUUUGAUUCUGCUGAAUUCUUUUGAGUGCAUGAUUGAAGAGCCAAAGGAAAGUUGAAUCAGAUUGGAUUUUUGAAAUAUGACGUUGAUGAAGAGGUAUGUGUUGAGAUUGUUCAUAUCGUUGAAGUACAUCACUGCAAAUGUGGUAGACAGGAACAACGGUCGUAUAGUAGCAACAUCAUCAACGGUUGAACAUUCAGUGAAACAGUCACUGGAGUGUGGUAGAACUUGCAACGCAAAGGCUGCAGCAAUCGUAGGUGAAGUGUUGGCAAUGCGUCUCAAAGUGGAGGGUCUUGAUCAGGGGCAAGGAAACGGGAUCCAUGUCAAUGUAAAUAAGGAGGUCGAGAAGAAAGGUUUCAAGAAUCGCACAAAAGUUUGGGCUAUUGUUAACGGCCUUAAGAACAACGGAGUGAAACUUAUUUUGGAUGACAACGAAAAUGAUACUUCUCGCCCUAGCUUCCACUAAUAUAGUGCGUUGAUACUCCUACGGCAAGCCCACAAGGUCGCGCUAUACCAGCGUUGAAGAAGGUGCAGUCAUAGUUGAGCCUGUGUGCAGCUGAGAUUUGAUAGAAUGAGAUCAACGCGUAUUUGUUGCAGAUCCAAGAUUUAAAGUGUAGCGGCUCACAACGUCCUCAAGUUAAUCUUACAAUGGUAACUGGAUUCUCAGUCCAAUAUUUAUAGAUACUUCGUUGAUCUUACCCCUACCUCGUGGAGGUAAUUCCAUAGGUGGGGUCUGGAGAGGAUAGUGUAUACACAGAUCUUACUCCUACGUCGUGGAGAUAAUCCCAUCGGUGAGGUCUGAAGAGGAUCGAGUGUAUGCAUGUAUGCAUAGAUUGUUCUCAAAAGACCCUCGACUCAACUAUUAGAUGUGAUUCAUAUUGGGCUUCUUCACAAACUUGUGCACAUCCCUUAUGGACAAACCAACAAAGUGCACAAUUGGCUGUUUCGGCCCAAAUUAUUAACUGCCCUGGGCCGAUAUACAUAUAUUAUACAUUUUAUCGGUUAUUAUUC